UAAAUUGGAUAUUUGAGUUUUUGAAGAGACGAUGGAAAACUUCACCGCAGCUGCAGAGCUGAACCACACUUUGGGAAUCUGGGUGGACUACAGCAUUCAGUACAAAGUGAUCAGCAGCUUGCUGCUUUUCGUGAUUUGCGCUCUUGGAAUCGUUGGCAACGUGAUGGUCAUCCUGGUGGUGCUCACCACCAAGCACAUGAGGACUCCCACCAACUGCUACCUGGUGAGCCUGGCCGUGGCUGACCUGAUGGUGCUGAUCGCGGCCGGUCUGACCGCCAUCACCGACAGCAUUUUUGCGUCCUGGGUGUUCGGCCACUACGGAUGCCUCUGCAUCACCUACUUCCAGUACCUCGGGAUCAACGCGUCCUCGUGCUCCAUCACGGCGUUCACGAUUGAGAGAUACAUCGCCAUCUGUCACCCGAUUAAAGCCCAGUUUUUGUGCACUUUGUCCCGGGCGAAGAAGAUCAUUCUGUUCGUCUGGGCUUUCACUUCAGUUUACUGCGUGAUGUGGUUCUACCUGUCGGACAUCCAGGAGCUGGUCUACGACAACAUCACCAUCAUCACCUGCGGCUACAGGGUCCCCAGGAAGUUUUAUCUACCCAUCUACUUCUUCGACUUCGGCGUGUUUUUCGUGCUGCCGCUGCUGCUGUCCGCGGUCCUGUACGGACUGAUCGCCAGGAUCCUCUUCCUCAACCCGCUGCCCUCCGACCCCAAAGACAAGAAGAAGAACGGGCACAACAACCACAUCACCGCCAAGAGCGCGAGCUGCAAGAACUCCCGUCACUCCAGCUCCACCGCCACGUCCCGCAGACAGGUGACCAAGAUGCUGGCCGUGGUGGUGAUCCUCUUCGCCGUGCUGUGGAUGCCGUACCGCACCCUGGUGGUGGUCAACUCCUUCCUGGACCGGGCCUACCUGGACAACUGGUUCCUGCUCUUCUGUCGGAUUUGCAUCUACCUCAACAGCGCCAUCAACCCGGUCAUCUACAACGCCAUGUCUCAGAAGUUCCGGGCCGCCUUCCGCAAGAUCUGCCGCUGCGGGAGGAAGGGCUCGGACAAACCCGCCAACUACAGCGUGGCCCUCACGUACAGCGCCGUCAAGGACACGUCGAUGGUGGAAAGCACCGACCACUACACGACGGAGCUGGAGGAGCUCACGGUCACCGACGACCUGCUGUCCGAGCAGAAGAUGAUGUUCCAGGACUCCUGCAUGUACGGGAAGGUGGAUUUCAGCAACGCCUGAGGCCUUUCAAACCCGGCACCGGAGACUGUAAAACUGUUGCUUAAUGGAGUCUGUAAAGUGGGGAUAUCAUCUCCAGAGUGCCUCCUGACCUUUCUGAAGCCAGGCGGCUCUCGCUGGAGAUGUAAACACGUAUUACAGCCGAGGAUGAGUAAUGGGGCGGAAAGCUCUCCACUCCUCACGGAGAACGAUCCUGGGCGUUGUAAUGCCACAAACACCGACAGAUAAGCUCUCUCUCAUCACGCAGCUGUUAUCUUAUCUUGCCCACGUAGCAUCAUGCGUGCGAGUUAAGUGUGUGAACCGGACGUCGCGGCGGCGGCUCCGACUGGCAUCGAGAGGCGACAGAUAAAAUGUGAAGCCACACAUCCAGCCGCCGCCUCUCCUGCAUCGAUUAUUUACCCACACGGCCUCCGAGUGACGCUUCAAAACCAAAGACAAAGCAGAGGCUAGAAGAAUACGGCGCCACAUGUGAUGUGGAAGUGUGGGAUUCGUGGUUUGAGUCACCAUUUCCACAUCUCCGAAUCGACCGCAGGUCAUUUUCUCAGCCUCAGACUUUGAGAGAUUGGCUGAGAGAGAAAUGAGAUUUGUUAUCUCUCUCACAAAGAAACAGCCCUCGCCGAGUGCAACUUAAAAAAACAAAAAAAAAAACAAAAAACUGCACGCCGCCCUGCCUUCGCACACGCCCACACAGCUACCCACAUCACAGCCUGAUGUUUUCAAAGCAGGCGCUCCAUUAGCGGGUGAGUCACACCUGAACCUUCACCAGCGAAAAACAGGUUUUGGCUGCGAAGGUCGGCCGACCGGCCCCGAGUGUGACGCCACGAGCGAAGCAGACCGAGCGGGAGGAGAUUCACUUCACUGACGAUACGCUCGGUUGUUCCCACCUGCAAAGACAAGUGUUCACUGACAGGCGGGAGCAGGGGAUGUACAGAAAACGCUUUCUAACUUGAACUCAAGAAGUGCCAAAAGGAAGUUUGUUAGAUGUUUAAUCCUGUUUUAAAUGAUGCAUACUCCACAAAGCGGUUAUAAGAUAGAAACGGACUUAUUUGAAAGACACAAAGGUGUGUUGCGACCCGCAGAAGGCCAUGACACAAUUUUAUUGGUUCAGUCAAAAUUGAAAAAAAAAAAAAAAGACAAAUGCAGAGUUCUAAA